CUUGGUUGACACGUCUGUUUAUUCGUGCUUACACAAAUAUUUAUUUGUGCACGCGUGUCAGUUGCGCUGGUUGCGUUAAAAUGCUAGAAUAUCGAAAGGAAUAAAGAAAUCUACGUCAUACAAAGAUGGGGGUGAUAUUUCUGGAGCAUAUCGGAGGUACACGACUGUUUUCGUGUGCUUCUUGCGACACCAACCUCACCAACAGAGGCCAGCUGAUAAGCACACGUUUCACAGGUGCAACGGGUCGUGCCUUUCUUUUUAACAAAGUCGUCAAUCUCAAUUACAGUGAAGUGCAGGACAGAGUGAUGCUGACAGGACGUCACAUGGUCCGCGAUGUGAGCUGUAAAAACUGUGAUACCAAACUCGGUUGGGUAUACGAAUUUGCUACGGAUGACAACCAACGAUAUAAGGAAGGACGAGUGAUCUUAGAACGAGCCCUUGUCACCGAGACCGAUGGGAUGGGGGAAAGCUUAUAAUAAUUUUAGUAUCUUGUAGCAAGUGGUAGAGUAAUAAGUAUCGGUUUUCUUAAUUAACUCGUAUAUAAGUGUAAGCAUAUAUAUAUAUAUUUAUAAUUUACACGACUUUAGUAUUCUGCAAGAAAUUUCGAUUUUCUUAUCCACGGUGGUACAUUAUUCUGCUGCAUACAUGAAUAAUCAACAACAAGGUGACUUUUCUUCGAUGCGAUAUCACCUGCUUCGUAUGAAAUCCUAUUCCACCCAGGGGAUACUCUAACAAAUGUAUUAAACAACGUGGUAACUUAUGUUCUAUAGAGAAAAAUGACCCAACAAAUCAGUCCCAUUGUUAAGUGUUAUAGUUUCUCUUCGAACAUAAUCAUCUAUAAUGUUUUUCGAUACAUCUCCAAAAGUUGAGUACUUUUAUAAAUCAUAUUAUCGUUAAUGUUUGAUAAAUGAAUUUGUACGAUAAAUUCUCGACCUAAAUUCGUUUAGCGUUACCGUAAAAACUGCUGCUACAAGAAUUACUAUUCUUGCUAAAUUUAAGUUAUAUAUACAAUUCGUUCACCAAUACAUGUUUUAGCGACUGCCAUAUCUUUAAGAUCCACAAGAGAGUAUAAAAUUAUGCGUGCUGUACAUUUGAAACUGCAUCGUAAGGUGUGAAGUAAAAAAGGGCUGUGUAUAUUAAUGCAUUAUCUGCCAUAAAAUCCUAGGAAAGGCAGAUUCUGCAAAGAAACCACCUACAAUUGUGAUGUUUUAAAAAUAAACUCGCCAAACGCUC